AUGGCGGAAAAAUCUUUAGAGGUGGCCGGAAAGGUACGCACCGUAAUGUUCGAGUCCAUCAGCGGGCGAGGUCCUCAAGGCGAGCCUCAUCUUCUCGGAAUAGACAGUGAGCAGAGACCCUUCUACUCAAUGUCACGCUGCGUCCUCGCCGAAACCCUUAUCAAGGAUAUCUCAAAGACAGUCCACCGUAUAUUCGUCUACAACGAUGUCGAUGCCGCUGAUUGGAACGAACUUCCCCCGAUCAGAAGACCCCUGUGGUCUUCUGGAAUCCAGAACCUUUUCUUCCCUCACAACAGCACAGAUGCAUACGCCUGGAACCAUCACCACGCCGUUAUUGGCACGGGUAUACCUCUGAGACACCAGCGCUCCUAUACCGGUGUUGAAGUUCGAAUGGGUUCUGGAGGACCCAUCGGAGAGUGGCACCCCGAAGGUAUCUACCAUCGCAGAGGCAUGGAGCUUUACCCUGAUCUCAAAUCUUACCUUCGAGUUCCCUUCGGCAGCGCAACAUGCAUUAAACUUACCUUCGAAGUCGACUACGAGGAUGAUAAUGGCAUGAUGAUGAUGAUCUCGGGCGUGGAGAAUGUGGUCCCUGAACGACCUAUCCCGCCGCUGGACUGGCAUGAUUCCGUCCGCGUUGAUAUCGCCCAGGAAGGGCACCCACACAUAAUCUCGCUCAACAUGCGCUUCGUUGAGUCGCAGCAUCCAGACCCUGACGUUCCUCACAUGACCCGUGUUGCGGUCUUCAGUAUCAAAGAAAUUGCCUUGCUGAAUACUGAGAAUACCACGAUUAACGCGAGAAGAGUGCACAACUAUCACUAUCACAUCAAACUGAGGCACUAUCAGGGCUGGGACUCGGACGAAAAGAACUGA